CUCUUAAAGGGUCUUUUUUACGCUUACCUCAAUAGAUUCUCGAAUAAACAGCCUACAUUUCAGCAACAGACACUGCGGUAGUCUAUUUAACUCGUUUUUGCUGUGUAACUAUAAACCCGGUCAUUUUCGCGUCUGUUUAAAGCACCGGAGACAGAAACCUCAGCAAAACAUCCAUACAGCGUGUUAGGGAGGGGCGUGGCCAACACGACAUACGCCAUUACGUCGUUGUUCCAACGUAGAGGGCAUUUUGAGAGGGGGGAGUAUAUUUCUGGGGUCGUUCAUAAAACACCCUAAAUCAAAGGAGAUACAAUAGCCAAUACAUAUACUAUACAUGCUAUGAUUUCAGUUUGUUAAAUAAUAAUGUCAUAUACAGAGAAAUAUUAAGCAUUCCUUUUCUUAUUGUACGUUUAGUUGACUCAGCUCCCCCCUCCGUGAGUCAUGCACUGUUCCUGUAUUUUGAAACGGAAAGCGGGAGGACGUCGUUUGUCAGCCGGAGUUGAAACAGAAACGAACGGGACCAAAAGAAAAGAAAAUAAAAGCGCGUGUUUUUGUUACUGCCUCUAUAUUAUGUUAGAAGUAAGACGAACUUGGCUAAAUUCAGUGUAACUCAGUUCACUGCUCGAGAGUAAAGUAACGUUAAACGAGACACUAAAAAGCAGCUGUUUUGUUUGCCAAGAUGGAUGUGACAACGUGUCUGAAGUCUCUGCUUUUGGCCAUUCGGCAGUACAAAAACAACAAAAGCUCCUUGAAUUCAUCACAGCUGCAAAAACAGAUUGAAGACGUGUCAAGCCUGAAGUGCUCCAGACUCUUAACUUCAGGGCAGGUCCUUCCCAGCGAGUGUUUGAGUGGUCUACUGGAAGUAGCCGGAGAUCCAAACACAAGUCAUGCCCUCACUGGGGCCAUCCUUUCUCUGUUGGCGCAGCUUGCGUCUGAUGAGGAGAGCAAAGAGGCCCUUCAUAGCAGUUAUAACAUUGUAGGUACACUGGCUGCUAUCGUCCACUGGAACAGAGCCACCCCAGAGGAGCCUGUUGUGUUACAGUGUCUUCAGGUCUUGCAGCGACUUACUUACAACAUGAGAAUACUGCACUGUGCCUCGCAUGUCGAUGAACUCCUCAGUUUCCUCAUGCUUAAUAUCCAAUCUAAUAAUGAUGACAUCACAAAGCCCUGCUUGGGCCUGAUGGCCAAUCUGUGUCGACACAACCUGUCCAUGCAGGCUCAGAUCAAGUCUCAGAGUAACGUUAAAGCUUUCUACAGGGCCUUAAUUAAUUUCCUUGGCCAUAAUUGCCUAACAGUGGUUGUCUUCGCACUGUCUAUUUUGUCCAGUCUAACCCUCAAUGAGGAAGUGGGUCAGAAGCUGUUCAAUGCAAAGAACAUCCACCAAACCUUCCAGCUCAUCUUCAACAUCACCGUCAAUGGCGACGGCACCCUCACAAGGAAUUAUGCUGUUGAUUUACUGGUGGACCUUCUAAAAAAUCCCAAGAUUGCAGAUUACCUCACCAACUAUAAACACCUUUCUGUCUGCCUGAAUGAGGUGGUCAGCCUCCUCCAUGGGAAAGACCCGGAUACUGCAGUCAAGGUGCUGGAGCUGCUUGUGUCUCUGUGCUCAGUGCCAGCUCUGCGCAGACUCAUCUGUGAGAUGGUGCUUCGGCCUGUGGCUCUGCGCCUGCAGCCUGGGGUCAGGAGCGGUGCCCAAACCAGAGGGUCAGAGCCGUGCCUGGACCUGCUUCAGUGGGCCACAGGGCCUCUGCAAGGACCAGAGCAAUGCUCCUUGCAGGCACUCUUGCUGCUAACCGAGCUGUUUGAGGAAGCAGUUGACUCCUCGUUGUCUGAUUCAGCUCAGUCAUUUGUGGAGCUCCUGCUGCCUGCACUGCGGGGUUUGCUGCAGACUCCAGACCCCAGCGAAGGAGAGCAGCUGCUGAAGAGGCACUGUAUAAGAGCAGGACAUGCUGUCGAUCUUCUGCUGGUGCUGUGUGGAGAAGACUUCCUGAAGACCCUGGUUUCACAGCACAUAAGCUCAAAGCUGUGCAUGUUGCAAGUGGAGCUGCUGCUCUCUAAUACACAGGACUACAUCAGCUCUAAUGGCUCUGGCUCUGACUCGCAGCUCAGCCAGAUGUGCUCCGAGACUGUACUGAAGACUCUGGAGCUGAUGAGCCAGCUGAAGCAGCACGUGUCCGACAUGGAGACGUGCUUUUACAGGAUCCUGCAGGACCAGCGAAUGGUGAUGCCCCUCUCUCUUGCCCUUACGUCUAACCUCAGAGAACGGGUGCAGACUGCCCUGCGCAUCCUCUUUGAGGCAGCACCACUGCCUGAUUUCCCUGCUGUCAUUCUUGGAGAAAGCAUCGCUGCCAGUAAUGCAUACAGGCAGAAGGAGCCUGAGCUGGCGGUUAGAGGCAGCGCUAUUCAGGAGGAUGGUGUCACAUACAGCAAGAGUUUUCCUCUGUCCACCACUGGACCUAGCAGCCCCUCUCGCCAGAACAUCGACAGCCUCAUUGAGAAGCUUCAGACAAGCAUGCAGUUACAGGAGCCAAUGAAAGAUGUGCACAUGUCAGAAAUCAUUGACAUCUAUGAACAGAAAAUCUCUGCCCUGGCGUCUAAAGAGGGACGUCUGCAGGACCUGUUGGAGGCCAAAGCUCUGGCUCUGUCUCAGGCCGACCGGCUCAUCGCUCAGUACCGCUGUCAGAGAGCACAAGCAGAGGCUGAGGCACGGAAGCUGGCAUCUUUGCUGAAAGAGACUGAGAGGAGAAAGGAGGAGCUGCAGGCCGAGCUGAGUGAGCAGGUGUUGGAGGUGGAGAAGCUGAAGACCGACAGUCAGCAGCUACUGCAGCACAACAGCAGACUGCAGGCCGUGUCUGAUGAGCACCAGAACCUGAAGGGCAGCUACAACCAGCUGCUUAGCAGGUAUAAUAAGAAUGAGGGAAUGCUGAAGGAGCUCCAAGCUGCCCACAUCUCUCUAACCCAACAGGCAGAGGGCUUGAGGAAGAGCAAUGAGGGACUCAAGAUGCAGCAAGAGAGGCUGUCUGCAGAGUUGAUACAGAAGGAGCAGCAGAUCGCAGCCCUAGAGGAAAACGUGCAAGAGAAACGUAGUAUUAUAGCUGGUUUGCAGGCUGAGGUGAAGAAGCAGGAGGAGCAGGCCAGCGAGAUGGAGGAGAGCAUGAAUAUCUUGAGAAAGGAGCUCAGCAAGACAGAACAGGCCAGGAAGGACGCCAGCAUCAAGGCUUCGUCUCUGGAGCUGCAGAAAACCCAGCUGGAAAGCAAGCUUCAGAAGAAAGAGGAGGAGCUGAGCAAGCACAUGCAGAUGAUCGCCAUGAUCCACAGUCUCAGCAGUGGCAAGCUCAAAACCGACGCCUCUGCCAACCUUUCUCUGUGAUGCAUGCAUGCAUGCAUACAUACAUACAUAGACAUCUCACUUAGACAUGAACACUAGCCACACAUCAAAAAGUGCUCCUGACAAGCUAUACACACAGACACACUCUCCAACUUGGAACACGCACAAGCAAAGGUAAACUGUGUAGAUAUGAAAUAUAUAAAAUACAUUUUACACCAUGAAACAGUUUAUAGGUGAUAGUGUGACUCAUUAAGAUGUUUUUUAAUUGACAUCCAAUUAAUUUAUUACCUUUUGUAUGUGUUGUCAUAUUUUAGUCUGUACAUUAUGCCUGUCUUUCUCCUCACCUAUCAUUUUAAAGAAUGAAAUAAAUUUCUCUGAAAC